AUCGAAUCGCCAGCAUCCUCUCGCUCUCUCGUGAGAGCAUCGUGAAUGGCUGCCUCCUCCAGCCUGCUUCCCGCUGCAGUGCGUACUAACCUACCUUCUACAAGGCUCUUCGUCCACCAACUGCUAAAGUUACCUGGUACUGCCUAACCAAUAACCGGGUCUAUCCCCCCCCGGUCCGAUCUCGAUAAGAGGGCUUGCUGCAGCGCGCAAGAUACCUCCUAGUAGCCGUGGCGUCCUUCCCAAGCUUCUUUUGACUCGGCUAUUUUUUCGAGCUGAGGCAAGCAAGGUUCGCCUCUGCCCCUCUCGCAAGCCUCUAGCCAAAGGCUUUCAGCUUCUCGUCAUCAAUUUGUGGUGCCUGGUCCGGCCGUCCCCUGACUACUGAUUGCGCUCGUCAUCGUCUUCUUCUUCGUCACCUGCCAUCGACCGACUGCCCGUGGGCCAAGCUCUGCCGAUCGCUGCUUCGUCUACCGUGCAUCCUCCGACCGACCAACGUCUUAGGGACAUGCUCAACCGCCGUUGACGAGGCGCCGGUCUGCUCUUGAGCAGCUGGCGGCAUUGGCAUUCCACAUGUCCAACUCCAUCCUGGGCUUCUCGCCUUGGCGCAGGCGGGCGUCGAGCCUCUCCUCGCACCGCGACCAGGCCCCCAGCAACGGCAACGACGGCGGCGAGCAUCACCAGGACUCGUCACUUCCAAUUCCCUCCUCGCGCCUGCUCUCGUCCUCGGUUGGCUCGCCCAAGGGAGCUCGGGAGCCCAUCCGCUCGUACAUUCACGCCUCGGUGAGGGAUCAGCUCGCACCCGUCGACAGCGAGCAAAACGCCCGCACGGUCCGCGAGGACACGGCCGAGCUCGCGAGCUACCUGCUGUCGGACAGCUCGACGCAACGGCGGGCCUCGUUCCUGCAGCGGCAGCGAGGCUCGGUCCAGGAUCUCUUUACGCCGGAUCGCGACGGCCAUACUGAGCAGCCCGACGACGACGCAUGCACCACCCAGACCAUCCCAGAAGUUUCGGAGCCGACCUCGCCUGGGGCCGAACCGGAUGAAGUGGCACAAGAGGGAGGUCCGUCUGUUCUGGCCAACCUGCUCAAGAAGUCUCCGCCGCAAUCUGUCACAGCCGACUCACCUCUCCCAUCCGAGGAGCAUCAGGCGGUUGCCAAAGCCCCACCAACGCAGCCAGAGCCGCCGCGAUGGACAGAUACCGAGGUUACCGCGACCGAGGAAACGCCAUUGCUAGGAGGGCCUGCUCAGGUGCUCUACGAUCACGAUGUAGACGAGGAGGGUCAGAAGAAGCCACCCACCAGAAGAUGGCUCAGUGGGCUUUCAGAGCGCGGCCAUGAGAUCCACGGCCACGUCGCCAACGCUGUCGCGGUGGCUGCGAACCCGCGGCGCUGGAAUCACCGCGCAAUAUGGAACUACCUCGUCAAGGAGCCAGUCUCUUGUCUUCCCGCCGUGGCUGUUGGCCUCUUGCUAAACAUCCUCGACGCUCUAUCUUAUGGUUUGUUCUGGCAACUGCGGUGCGACGCGAGGGAUUUCUGACCUGUAUAUAGGCAUGAUCUUGUUCCCCCUCGGAAACCCAAUCUUUGCGCAUCUUGGGUCUGCUGGCAUCUCUAUAUACUACGUCAGCACGAUUGUCUCCCAGCUCAUCUUCUCCACUGGAAGCAUCUUCAGGGGUGCAGUAGGCUCCGAACUGAUUGAAGUCGUGCCCUUCUUCCACAACAUGGCCCAAAAGAUCACUGAUAUAGUUGGCGAGGACGACCCCGACGCCGUUAUUGCGACCACGAUUGUGGCAUACGCCACGAGCUCCAUGAUGACAGGCCUGGUUUUCUACCUCAUGGGCAAGUUCAAAUUCGGCUAUAUGGUUGGGUUCAUCCCCAGGCACAUCCUGAUCGGCUGCAUUGGCGGUGUUGGGUGGUUCCUGAUCGCCACUGGCUUCGAGGUCUCGGCAAGACUAGACGGCAGCCUCGAAUACGACCUCGACACCCUCAGGAAGCUGACGCAGGCCGACACCGUGUUGCUGUGGAUAUUCCCUCUUGUACUGGCAAUCGUGCUGUUCUACGGACAGUCCAAGGUCCGGUCCAAGUACUUCUUACCGUUGUAUAUCCUAGCGAUACCUCUGAUAUUCUACAUCUUCGUUGCGGCCAUCGACGCCCUUAACGCAGACACCCUCCGCGACCACGGGUGGAUCUUCCAGGGCCCACCGCCCGACGAGCCAUGGUGGUACUUCUAUACGUUGUACCAAUUCAAGCUGGUUCGAUGGGAUGCCGUCGCGGAGGUAAUUCCGGCCAUGCUGGCUCUCACGUUUUUCGGCAUCCUCCAUGUGCCCAUCAACGUCCCGGCUCUAGCGCUCAACUGCGGCGAGGACAACGCCGAUCUGGACAAGGAACUGAAGCUACACGGCUACUCCAACUUCUUGUCCGGUUGCUUCGGCAGCAUCCAAAACUAUCUCGUGUACGCAAAUACGGUCUUCUUCAUCCGGUCGGGGGGCGACAGGCGGCUGGCCGGGUACAUACUGGCGGCCCUGACCUUUUGCACCAUGCUUAUUGGCCCGUCUCUCAUUGGCUUCAUACCCGUCAUGAUGGUGGGGACGCUCAUCUUCGAUCUCGGCUUCGAGCUGUUGCUGGAAGCUGUCUGGCUUCCGCGUAAGAAGCUCAAGGUUGCUGAGUACCUCACUGUCAUCGCAAUCGUGCUGGUCAUGGGCAUCUACGACUUUGUUGUCGGCAUUGGGGUGGGCAUCCUGCUGGCUUUCGUGUCCCUCAUCAUCCAAACCUCACGAGUGUCUGCCAUUCGUGGGACGUAUGAUGGCGACAUUGUCACCUCAACAGUGCGGCGCAAUCCGUCGCAGCAUCAUUAUCUGCACCAAGCAGGCCAGCAGAUUUACAUCAUCAAACUGAACGGCUAUCUCUUCUUUGGCACUAUUGUCAGUGUUGAAGAAAAGAUACGAGCGAUCCUCGACGACAACGUGUUUGCCAAGAAACCCAUCAAGUUCCUCAUUUUGGACUUGUGGCAUGUCAGCGGGCUCGACUACUCGGCGGGUGAGGCGUUCAACACCAUAAGCCGUCUUCUCGACAAUAAGGGUGUUCUCCUAGUCCUCAGUGGCGUCGACGCGGACAGUCAGCUUGGGCGGAACCUACGGGCUGUUGGUCUUGGAAACGACAAGAUCGAGGUUACGAUGCUCCCUAACCUCAACUCCGCACUAGAAAGCUGCGAGAACGAGCUCCUGAAGACACUAUAUGCGAGACAAGAGGAGUUGAAUGGGGCCAAGCGGAACGCCACGGCAAGCCUUGACGUGCCGGCUACGACGACUACCUCAGCAUUUUCAUCAUUCGAUCCUCCAUUCAAUUCACCCCGGCAGAAUCAUUUGGCCGAGGCGGCGCGUGAAGCCCUGACUAACGUCGAGGUUCAGCGGCCGUCCAGGUGGCAGAGCUUCAAGGAGCCGCUACGACUCAUGCUACAGGUCUUCCAGGGCCUGAGCGACAAGAACGAAGACUUUUGGUUCCAGGCGGCCUCCUAUUUCAAGCGAAAGGAGUAUGCCGCAGGCAAAGUGCUCUUUCAGCGUGGGGAGCCUGCUCAUGGCUUUUACCUCGUCGAGCGCGGAAUUCUCCGUGCUGAGUACGACCUACCUCAGGGGUGGUUGUGCGAGAGCAUCGUAGCAGGGACCACCUGUGGCGAGCUGCCCUUCUUCUCUGAAACGGAGCGUACGGCGACGGCGCAGGUAGACAGGGACUGCGUUGUUUGGCAGAUGGACCGUGAGAGCUGGGAGAAACUCCAAAACGACCAUCCAGAUGUAGCGCGGGAGCUGCUGAGGAUAUCUCUCAAGCUGACGAGUGAGCGGAUGAGCGCUAUCACGUCAUAUAUUUUGGCUAUGGCCGGAUAGGAGAAUGCUAGUAGUUGGGUUGACGGAGAGGCCAUCUCAAGAAUGGGCCGGGAAUGAGCCUUGCAUCUAAGCGGUUGCUAUAUAUGUCAAUAUAACCGACAUGUAAAUUGUCUCAGA